CAAAUAAAAUCAUUUUUUUAUUGAUGUGGCUAAUGAUUAGUGGACUUCUGUUGACAGUAUGUGUCCUCCCUGUGUGUCCAGGACAACAUCGCUGAGAGCCAGAAGGCUUCAGUCUUCGACAGUGAGACCAGAAGAGUCCCCAGGGUGCACUGUGAAGGAGAACAACAUGAAACUUAUCAAACGCUGGACACCACACAGGUGUGUGUUGUUACUGUUUGUGGUUUUAGGUUUGCUGUCUUUAGUGAUGGUCUUUUUACCACUGAUGGGGACAGAGACACUAAAACCUGUCGAGUGGCACGUCAGCCCAGCACAUAGAAAGCGAGUGCAUGAACACGUGCACAGAGUUCUGGAGAGUCAGUGUCGUCCCAGCAGCAGCAGGCAAAGAUUGGCAGCUCAUCUCCCUGCUUCCAGUUACGUUAAACAGCCCUUCCUGUGGAAGGAUGAGCCCCUUCCUGAUGACCUUUUCCUGUGCCCACCACCAUUUGGGUUCAGGGGCCUUGAAGGCAAAGUAAUGGAGCUACUUAAACUGCUGCCGGCCUCAGACUCAGCCCCCCAGACAGAAAAGACAUCAGGUAAAUGUCACCGCUGUGUGGUCAUAGGAAAUGGAGGCAUUCUCAAAGGCCUGGAGCUGGGCCCACUGAUUGACCGCUUUGACACCAUAAUCAGGUUAAACAGAGGUCCUGUGGGAGAGUUUCAUGUUGACGUUGGAACUCGAACCAGCAUCAGGAUGAGUUACCCAGAGGGUACACCUCUCCACUGGGCCGACACUGACCCACAAUCCCUCUUUGUAGCUGUGGUGUAUAAAAGUGUAGACAUCAGCUGGAUCUCUGCUAUGAUCAACAAGCUCAGUGUGAAUGUGCCGACCCUGGGCAUUAUUGCACUGAAUUUAGCCAGUCUGCUGUGUGAUGAGGUCAGCCUGGCAGGCUUUGGCUACAACCUGACCCAGAGGGGGGCGCCACUGCACUACUACGACAACCUGCGUAUGAGCGCCAUGCUGGAGCAGAAGUCGCACAAUGUGGACAGAGAGACUCAACUCCUGCAAAGCCUCGUCAGAGAAGGAACCAUCACUGACCUGACGGGGGGGAUCCACUGCUCCUUCUGCCCCAGCUGACCCCUGAGCCAUUUCACUGCAGAGCACAUCCUGUUGUUGUUGUUGUGAAGUCCUUUUUUAGAAGAACAUGAUAUACACUGAAGUACAGAAAGUAAUAACACAAAGGACUUGCAGACACAUAAGAACAAGUGAGAAAAAAAGUCCUCCCAAUUAAGAAUGAUAUGGAUGAAUUUGACAGAGUUAUUAAAAACAUAGACGGGUAA